AUGUUUUACCCGUUGGCGUCAAUAAAAUUAGGGCCCAUUGUCUUGCUGCCUUUUAGCUAUGUCCACAACCAGAGCCAGGAGGCCGACUCACCUCUGCCACCGAUCACUGAGCGUCUAGCUUACCUCCGGCCAUCUCGUGAAUUGCUGGAGUUCUACAGGCAGAAGGUGGCUCAGUUUGAUGGGGAACAUGAGGACCUUCUGCAGAUGCUGGAGAAAUACAGAAGCACCACAGACGAUCAGCAUAAGAUCCAAUGGGAAGUCCGGCAGCGUGAGGGAGAGAUCGCAGAGCUUCAGAAGGCACUAAGCGACAUGCAGGUCUAUCUCUUCCAAGAGCGAGAACAGGCACUGCGCCUGUAUGCUGAGAACGACCGCCUAAAAAUCAGAGAGUUGGAGGACAGGAAGAAAAUCCAGCAUCUUUUGGCUCUGGUGGGUCCAGAUGUAGGGGAGAUCACUUACUUUCAUCGAGAUCCUCCAAACAAGGUCACAGUUCCCCAGAAGAAGGUGCAGCCAAGGCCUCAGGAUCAGUGGAAGGUUUCAAAAGCAGCUUCUAGAGAGGCCAGUAAGAAGCUCUCCAAGGAGGGACUGGAGAGUGCAGAGCAGUACAAGACAGACAACCAGACCUUACUACUGCAGGUGGAGGCGCUCCAGGCCCAGAUGGAGGAGCAGACCCGUCUGGCCAAAGAACAGGUGGAGUCUCUCCUCGAGGACCGGCGCAUCCACGUGGAGGAGGCUCAGGUCCAACACCAGAGAGACCAGGACCGCAUCACGGCUCUCACCAACAAGCUCACGCGCACACAGACCCUGCUGUAUGAGAGCACCAGGGACUUCUUGCAGCUGAAGUUCGAGAGCCGCACCCAUGAGAAGAGCUGGGUGACGGAGAAAGACCGGCUCUUGCGGCAGCUUGACACCUGCCACGAGAAGCUUCAGAGUGGCCGCGGAGGACCGGACAGAUUGGGACCGGCCACUGCACCGCAGCGCUUUGCCCAAGCCCCGCCGGAGUCACAGCAGAUGCACCAGGAGGAGAUUCGGGCACUGAGUGAGGAGCUGAAGCAGGCCCACAAAUUGGCCGACAUGUACCGGGAGCAGUGUGUGGGUUUAGAUACAGACCUGGCACAAAUCAGAGAGGAAGGAGAUGUGGGUAAAGAAAUCUUCCAGGAGCGGUCAAAUAAGAUAGCGAAGCGUUUGCAGAUGAUGACCCAGCGCUAUGAGGCCCUGGAAAAGAGGCGGGUAAUGGAGGUGGAGGGCUUUAAGACCGACAUCAAACAAUUGAGGCAAAAACUUAAGGACGUGGAGAAACAGCUCUUUAAGGUGACACUAAAUGUGGGGCCAGAUCAGGACCUGGCCAUUCUCCAUGAAGUACGGCAGACCAACACCCGCACCAAGAAAAUACAGGGAGAACUGAAGACUCUGAAGGCCAAAAUCUAUGGACUGGAGAACGAGCUCAGACACUCCUGAGGCUGCCAGGCCAUAGACAAAGUGUCCGUUAUCCCCAUAAAGGGUAAAGGCAGCUAAUAAUGGGCAAUUAGGGAUAACAUAUCAAACUU